AUGGUGGCAGGGAGGCGGUGGGGGGAGCGGGGCUCGGCCAUGCUGGAGCUGCCCCGCACGCCGCGGAUGGUGUGCGUGGAGUACCCGGGGCUGGUGCGCGACGUCGGGGCCAUGCUGCUGACCCUGGGAGGAGAGCAGGGGGUGUCGCGGAUCUACGCGGACCCUGCCAAAAGGCUGGAGCUGUAUUUCCGCCCCAAGGAUCCUUACUGCCACCCGGUAUGUGCCAAUCGCUUCCCCACCUCCACCAUGCUGCUCAAGGUGAAGAGGAGGACCAAGAAGAAGCAGCACUUGGACACCGAAGAACAAAUCCAGCCAGAAGUCCAGUUUGAAAUGGAAAUUCUUGGGACUGUCACCACCGUUUACAAAUUCCAAGGAAUGUCUGAUUUCCAGUACCUGGCAAUGCACUCUGGUCCCGAUGGCAAGCAAACCUCCAUGUAUGACAAAGUCCUAAUGCUCAAACCUGAGAAGGAAGAAUUUUUCAAUAGGGAAUUACCUCUCUACAUCCCGCCACCCAUUUUCUCACGUCUGGACACUCCUGUUGACUAUUUUUAUCGGCCAGAUAUACAGCACCGGGAGGGAUACAACAAUCCCCAGGUGUCUGGUGAGAACCUGAUUGGCCUCAGCAGGGCCCGUCGCCCGCACAACGCUAUCUUUGUGAACUUUGAUGAUGAAGAAAUCCCAACUAAAGCCCUGGAUGCUGCUGUACAGACCUGGAAGAAAGUGUGCACCAACCCUGUGGACAAAAAGGCGGAGGAAGAGCUGAGAAAGCUCUUUGAAGUCCCUCCUGUCUGGUCUCAGAAUGCAGUAAAAGCCAAUAUCAGCGUUCACCCCGCCAAGCUGGAACUUCUGUUGCCGUAUUUGGCCUAUUACAUGCUGGGUGUGGUGCACACCGAGGGCGGUUUUGUGGAAGGCGAGAGUAAAAAACUGGGACUCUUUGGGAGUUACAUCGACAUCUUCAGAGGGAUCCCCUUUGCUGCCCCUCCAAAGACUCUGGAAGACCCCCAACCUCAUCCUGGCUGGGAUGGGACGUUGCAGGCAAAAGAAUUCAAAAAUCGCUGCAUGCAGAUGACGCUCACACAAUCUGACGUCCGCGGGACGGAGGACUGUCUCUAUCUGAACAUCUGGAUCCCUCAAGGGAAGAGACAGGUCUCUACCAACUUGCCGGUGAUGGUCUGGAUCUACGGCGGCGGCUUCCUUGUAGGAGGGAGCCAGGGAGCCAACUUCCUCAGUAACUACCUCUAUGAUGGUGAGGAGAUCGCUGUGCGGGGCAACGUGAUCGUGGUGACCGUCAACUAUCGCCUGGGGCCCCUGGGCUUCCUGAGCACUGGAGAUGAAAACUUGCCAGGGAACUAUGGGCUGAAGGACCAGCACAUGGCUAUUGCCUGGGUGAAGAGAAAUAUCAAGGCCUUUGGCGGUGACCCGGAAAACAUCACCAUCUUCGGGGAAUCAGCCGGUGCCGCCAGUGUCUCCCUGCAGACGUUGAGUCCAAAGAACAAGGGUCUGUUCAAGAGAGCCAUCAGCCAGAGCGGUGUCGGUCUCUGCAGCUGGGCCAUCCAGAGGGACCCACUCGCCUGGGCUAAAAAGCUUGGACAAAAAGUGGGCUGCCCCCUUGACAACACCACCGUUUUGGCUGACUGCCUGCGCACCUCCGACCCCAAAACUCUGACGCUGGCCUACCACCUGCAUCUGAUCAACCUGCCCGUUCCACUGGUUCACACACUCGCCAUCACUCCUGUCGUCGACGGAGACUUCCUUCCAGACAUGCCAGAGAACCUCUUUGCCAACGCUGCUGACAUUGACUACAUUGCUGGGGUCAAUGACAUGGAUGGGCACAUCUUUGCUGGCAUUGAUUUACCUGCUAUCAACCGCCCAUUUGUGAAAGUCACUGCGGAUGAGGUCUAUAAUUUGAUCAAAGGACUUACUGUGGACAGAGGCGAGCGCGGAGCCAACGCGACAUACAAUAUCUAUACGCAACCGUGGGGUGACAACCCGAGCCAGGAGCUCAUAAAGAAGACAGUGGUGGACCUGAUUACUGACUACAUCUUCCUGGUUCCCACACAGUGGGCACUGAACCUGCACCUGCAGAAUGCCCGGAAUGCCAAGACGUACAGCUACCUGUUCUCCCAGCCAUCCCGAAUGCCCGUCUACCCAAGCUGGGUAGGGGCAGACCAUGCUGAUGACCUGCAGUACGUGUUUGGGAAACCCUUUGCCACCCCCCUGGGCUACCUGCCCAAGCACAGGACUGUCUCAGGUGCCAUGAUUGCUUACUGGACCAACUUUGCCAGGACAGGUGAUCCCAACAAAGGGAACUCAAAGGUGCCCGUUAACUGGCCGCCCUACACCAAUGAGGCCAGUAACUACCUGGAAAUCAACAACAAGUUGAGCCAGAACUCUGUGAAGCAGAAUCUGAAAAGCCGGUUUGUGACCUUCUGGAACACGGUCUAUCAGAGUCUGCCACAGGUUGCCAACAUCUCCCUGGCUAAUGAACUGCUGUGGAACUAA